AGCUGCAAGGGGAACUUCUUAACCUCAUAAAAUGAAAUUUACGAUUGCAGUUUUUUUGGCGUGUGCCCUUUUAGAAAUUGUCUUGGGUCAGCGGCAGCACCCUCGCUGUUUCGAGAGACCUUCAGAACAUGGACUUUGCUACGAGGGCCAUGAGAAGUGGACCUACUAUCCCCAAAUGAAUCAGUGCAGGAGCUUCACAUAUAAUGGAUGCCAGGGAAACGGUAAUAGGUUCGAAACCCGUUUGGAUUGCGAGAGAUCCUGUAAGAAAUAGAACCCAAAAAAUAAUGUGUACGCAUUUAUAAAGAUCCAGAUAAUUGUUGUAUCCUAAGAAUGGCAAUUCGUAGUCUCUUACUAACAUUCUUGGUAAUAAAGCGUAACAUUACUUCAUUAAAA